AUGGCUCACCCUCAUCUCUUCCCAGACGCCAUCGACUGCAGCAUCGAGUCCGACCCUUCCAAGGUCAAAGGCAAGACGGCAGUUAUCACGGGAGGGGCCAACGGGAUCGGGGCAGUCUAUACCAAAGCUCUCGCGGACGCAGGUGCCUAUGUGAUGAUUGGUGACCUGGAUAAGCAACGUGCUGAACAGCUUGCGUCUUCAUACCCUGGACAGGUUUGGGUGUCGCAUUGCGAUGUCACCUCGUGGGACGAUCAAGUCAAGAUGUUUACGGAGACCAUCAACAAGUCUCCCUCGGGACGCAUCGACAUUGUCGUGGCAAAUGCAGGCAUCAGUGGUCAAGACCCAGUCUUUGUGGAAGAUCCCGCAUCGGCAUCAGUCCCAGAGAAACCGGAUCUUAAGAUCUUGAACAUUAAUCUGAUCGGAGUCAUGUAUACCAUUAAAUUGGCGCUGUUCUACUUCCGGAAGCAGUACCAUGCUGCGACGACCUUGGGCGAAAAGAGCGACUCAACGUUAGUCCUCCAAGGCAGCCUUGCUGGAUAUGUCGACCAACCUGGAUCGCCACAGUAUAAUGCAUCCAAGUUUGGACUUCGUGGAACCAUGAGGUGCCUCCGGAGAACUUGUUGGCAGCACGGAACCCGAGUCAACUACAUUGCGCCUUGGUAUAUCAAGACAGACAUCAUCAGUGAUGCAGUUGCAGAACGCAUCACAAGCAAAGGAGCCGUCUUUGCAUCCAUAGACGACGCUGCCCGAGCUCUCAUAAGGAUCUGUGUUGACACCACUGUCUACGGGCGAUCACUGGCCAUUGUGCCUCGCAUGUGGGCUCCGCUGGGAUAUUUGGACGUGGACCACGAUGACUACAAGGAGGGCGACUUCCUCAAGAAGUGGCAGGAAAUCGUCCUCAACACCAGUCAUAGAUUGACGGGCCCAUCAGUGACCGAAUGA